GUAAUACUCCGUAUAAAUCACGUGUUUGGCUUGUGAGUUGUGACUUCAUCGUCGAGUUCAACCACCAAUCCUACGGUAUCAAUCAUCGUUACACACAGCAGAGGAGAAAAGAAGAUCAAUCCACAGCACCAGAGCUAACAAGAGAUCGACUGUCAAUCUCAGAUCCCAAUCCGUCCAAAAGAUCUGAACAAUGUCUACCUUCAGCGGCGAUGAAACUGCUCCAUUCUUCGGUUUCCUCGGCGCCGCUGCCGCUUUGGUCUUCUCCUGUAUGGGGGCAGCUUACGGCACAGCGAAGAGUGGAGUAGGAGUGGCGUCGAUGGGUGUGAUGAGGCCGGAGCUGGUGAUGAAAUCAAUCGUCCCGGUUGUCAUGGCUGGUGUGCUAGGUAUUUAUGGCUUGAUCAUUGCUGUUAUCAUCAGUACCGGAAUUAACCCUAAAACCAAAUCCUAUUACCUGUUCGAUGGGUACGCUCACCUGUCUUCCGGUCUGUCUUGUGGCCUUGCUGGCCUAUCUGCUGGAAUGGCCAUUGGAAUUGUUGGAGAUGCCGGUGUCAGGGCUAAUGCACAACAGCCUAAGCUA